CUUUUACCUUCUGAUUGUAUUCUUGUCUCUUUGUUUUUAGAGUUAUGUCUGUCCCGGGAUUUAUUUCUUGUGCAGCAUUUUGGUCAACCAUGUGUUGUGUUUUUAAAGUGUUAUAUAAAUACUUGUGGUAUGGUAUGUUAUGGUAAAAGUAAUACUUAAACUCAGUUUUCGCUUUAAGUAAGAAAAGGAUAACUAUCAGGAUAAUUUAUGUUAAUAUUCACUUCUAGUCAAACAAUAGCACAAUAGUCUGAAAGAUUUAUUUCCAAAGCCCUUAUAAAGUUCGGGAACUGCAAAUACCUUAAAACCCAUCCCGAGAUGCAUUAUCUUAGUUUAUUAUAGUUACCAAGUGGGCAUUUCACAUGCACUAUGAUGACUGGAUAAUAUCAUGUUGAAAUUUUGUGACAAAAAACUUUAUGGGUGCGAUAACAAGUUGACUGCUGAGUAUAUAAGCUGCAAGUGAAGCAGGUUGGAAGACAAACGGAUUCGCCAUGUGGUCACUCUUGUUUCUUUGCAGUGUGCUCUCCACAAUUGGAGUGCAAGGACAGACAACAAUGGAAAUGGAAACAGAAAUAUCAAGUUCUUCAGGGGCACCCUGUGGUGGGACCAUGCAUGGCAGCAGUGGCACUUUUUACAGCCCUAACUAUCCAAGCAACUACCCAAACAAUGCCGCCUGUACAUGGUACAUUAGACCUGGCCGUCCAGUUGUUCGACUUGAAUUCAGCUCUGUGAACAUUGAGUGCAGUCAUGAUGACAUUUACAUCUAUGAUGACUCUAAUACUGGAGGAAGGCUUCUGGGAACAUACUGUGGAUCAAGGGAGACCGUCUUCUCCUCAACUGGUUCUUACUUAACUGUGCGCUUCAGCAGUGAUGGCACAGUGAACUACUCAGGGUUCCGUGCCAACUACAAAGUAGUGGGAGGUUCCUGUGCUUCCAACUGUGGAUACCAAGUUGGAAACUGCUCCUGUUCUGAUUACUGUAGACACAAUGGGGACUGUUGUCCAGACCAUGAAAUUUACUGCUCAGAAACCACCUAUCCCCCAAUGACCACAGCUCAGCCAUCAUGUCGUCACAACUGUGGUAGACACAUGGGAAGCUGCUCCUGCUCAAGCUCCUGUCAGUACAAUGGAAACUGUUGUCAUGACUACUACUCUUACUGCCCAUUUACCUCUGUCGAACCAACAACAGCUCAGCCAUCAUGUCGUUAUAACUGUGGUAGUCACAUGGGAAGCUGCUCCUGCUCAAGCUCCUGCCAAUACAAUGGAAACUGUUGUCAUGACUACUACUCACACUGUGCAGCAACAACACCCUCAGUAGGGUCAUGUGGAGGUUCUCUGUUUGGCUCUGGCACCUUUUCCAGUCCGAACCAUCCCUCGUACUACUUUGACAAUGCCUAUUGUGUCUGGCACCUCAGAGCUGCAUAUGACCAAAGAAUUUUCCUGGCAUUCACAUACCUGCAAUUGGAGAACUGCUGCAGCUGCGACUACAUUUCAAUCUACGACGGGCCCUCUGUUAAUUCAAAGUAUUUGGGAAAAGUGUGCAACAACAGCCUGAAUACUUUUUACUCCUCCUCCAACUACAUGACUGUGGUCUUCCGGACUGAUGGUUCUGUGGUCGGCCGAGGAUUCAGUGCAGAGUUCAUGAGCUCUCUGAAACCCACCUCAGGUCGAGUGGACUGUUCCUCAAACAACAUGAACAUUGUAAUUGAGAGAAGCUAUCUGAACUCUCUGGGCUAUGAUGGUCACAGUUUGUUCCUGGAUGAUCCACACUGCAGACCACAGGUAUCCACAUACCAGGUGGUCUUCAGCUUCCCCCUCAACACCUGUGGCAACAUUAGAAAGUUUGAUAAUGGCAGAAUUGUGUACACCAACAAUGUCCGUGCCUACCCCUCCAACAACGGAGAGAUCACCCGCCAGUCUCACCUCAAGAUGAAUGUGGCCUGUCUCAUGGAGCAAGACUCAGUAUCCCAGAACAUAUUUGCUAUUCAUCAUGGUUCAAACAGCAGCAUCACUGGUUCAGGCAGAUAUAAUACCAGCAUGGCUUUCUACACAUCCAGCAGCUUCUAUGAUAAGGUGACUGAAGUUCCAUAUGAGGUAGCACUCAGCCAGGACUUGUAUGUCCAAGUGGACCUGCAGGGGCGUGACAGCGCCCUCGUCCUCUUCCUGGACACCUGUGUAGCCUCACCAUCACCCUUUGAUUUCCAUACCAGAGCUUACUACUUGGUUCGUGAUGGAUGUCGUGUUGAUAACACCUACUGGCCCAUAAGUAGUGGCACCGAAUCCUUGGCCCGUUUCACAUUUAAGGCCUUCCAGUUCCUGCGGGCGACAGAUACAGUGUACAUCCAAUGCAAGGUCCUUAUAUGUCCCGCAUCAGAUGGUAAUUCACGCUGCCGCCGUGGUUGCAAUGGACGUGCUAUCAGAGACGUGUCAUCAGAGCACAAAAGCCAAACAAUAGUUGUGGGUCCGAUUAAACUCAAAGAACCUGAGAAAAAGGGAGAAUGAAGAGCAGAACAAGGCUCAACUCAAAACUGCAGUGAUCUGUUCCAAUCAACUUCCUGCUCUUUUCACUGAUUAGCUGAAUUCUACCACAUAUUUCUGUCCUAUUAUCUGAUUAAAUGC